CUGUGUCGUUGUUUCGUUUCAAACAUUUCUGUAGUGGUAUAUUAUAUUUCAGUAUUUUUAAUCCUUCAAGGAGGAGAUUGAUUAGCAGCUAUGGCUGUGCUUACUGGAUCGGUUUUAAUAGAUUUACUUUUGGCUAUUGCAUCUCUACUGUGCUUUGCUUACUGGUUCAUCACAAGCAAUGAUGACUAUUGGGAUAAGAAAGGAGUGCCCAAUACCAAAGCAGGACUCAUCAGACAAACUCUGCUCGGCCAACUAUCUCAAGGUGAUCGAAUCACACAGCUGUACAAAGAAUUUUCCGGAGAGAGAUAUUUCGGAUUCUUUCAGGUCAGGAAAGCAGGGCUUAUAAUUAGAGAUCCGAAACUAAUAAACAUGAUUUUGGUGAAAGAUUUUUCUCAUUUUCAAGAUCGGCCUCCCCAGCCCAAGCACGAUCCAAUAUCACAAAGCCUGUUUGGUCUAAAAGGUCAGAUUUGGCGAGCACUGCGCUACAAGUUAACGCCAACGUUCACAACAGGUAAACUGAGAGGGAUGUUUGAUCAAGUCUCAAAGUGUGGAGAUAAUAUGAUGAAGGCAAUCGAGGAGCACUCGCCCACCGAAGGCGUAAGUUCUAAAAAUGUAUUGUUUGAGUUCACGCUAGAUGUGAUUUCAAGUUGUGCGUUCGGAGUCCAGUACCAGCCGGAUAGUGCGGAGUUUAAAGAGUUCAAAUCAUUUGUGGAAAAGGCGUUCGCCUUGUCUCCUUUUGUGCUUUUAAAAUUGGUAUUUGUGUUAAUGUUACCAAAAGUGGCUGAAUUUUUUAAAAUUUCUACAACCCCCGGUGACACCAGAAACUACUUCAUCAACUUGACUAAAGCUACGAUAAAGUACCGCAAAGACAACAAUAUCCAGAGGAGUGACUACUUCCAGCUGUUGUUGAAACUCAAGGAGCAGGAAGAGAGUGGGAAGGACAUGGGACUGUCGAUGUCGGAUGCUACUGAGGAGGAUGCUGUUGUCAACCAGAUGCAGUACACUGGCGAGAGUAACUUGGCUUCUGAUACACCGGAGAAAUUGUUCUCGGAAGAAGUGAUUUCUGCCAAUACCUUCAUCUUCCUCAUAGCUGGUUCCGAGACAGUGGCCCGCACGAUCAGUUUCGUCUUAUUUGCACUGACCCAACACCCGGAGAUCCAGCAGAGAGUGCAAGAGGAAGUGGACUCUGUGCUGGCCAAACACGGCGAAUGGUCUUACGAAGCUAUCAGGAACUUGGUCUACUUGGAUCAAGUAGUCCAGGAGACCCAAAGGAUGUAUCCCCUCUUGCCCAUGCUGGUCAGGGAGUGUGUUCAACCCUACAAGAUCCCGGACUCGGACCUCAUCAUAGAGAAAGGUGUCUUUAUCAUGAUCCCCGUGGUGGCCCUGCAUCAUGAUCCUCAGUACUAUCCUGACCCCGAGCAGUUCAAGCCUGAGAGGUUCCAAGGCAACAAUUUCAAGCCCAGCUCCACCUUCUUGCCGUUCGGAGAUGGGCCGAGGAUAUGUAUUGCAAUGAGAUUCGCAUUGAUGGAGGUGAAGUCUUGUGUGGCCAAAGUGGUGUCUCAGUACUCAGUGCACCUCCACAGCAAGACGCAGUUGCCGCUCAAGUUCAAGGUUCGUUCGUUUGUGCCGGCAGUGGAGGGGGACAUAUGGCUGUCAUUCAAGAAACGAAGAUACGACGGAACGAGAGAAAAGUGGGAGCCGACCUUGAGGCAGAUUUUGCCCAGUCAUUCAUCUCGUUCACGCCUGGCCUGUGAAUGGCAAAAAACCACCAUGGCUGUGAUUACUGAAUAUGUGCUUGUGGACCUCACUUUAGCAAUCAUCACGCUCUCGUAUCUGCUCUACCGUUACAUCACAGGCAACGAUGACUACUGGGAUAAAAGAGGAGUGCCGAAUCUCAGAUGGGGAUUCAUAUGUUCGACUCUGAUGGGAAAACGAUCACAGAUCGAUGAGGCCAAGCAUUUGUACAACAAAUUUUCUGGUCAGAGAUAUUUUGGGCUUUUCCAGAUCAAAAAUCCGGUGCUCAUGGUGAGAGACCCAAAGUUGAUAAACCUGAUAAUGGCUAAAGAUUUCUCUCACUUUCAAGAUCGGGGAAUUCCCCAGCCUAAACACGAUCCUUUGUCGAAGAGCGUCUCUGGACUGAGAGGUCAGACGUGGCGGGCACUGCGGUACAAACUAACGCCAAUAUUCACAACUGGCAAACUACGAGGAAUGUUCCAACAAGUAUUCAAGUGUGGAGACUGCGUGAUGGGGAAGAUCGAGAAGCGCUCACCCAGAGAAGAGAUAGAUUCUAGGACUUUACUGUACGAAUAUUCGAUGCAUGUGAUUUCUAGUUGCGCCUUUGGAAUACAAGCUCAACCGGAGAGCGCAGAAUUUGAUGAAUUCAAAUCGUACUUUGAAAAGACAUUCUCUUUUUCGUUCCCAGUGUUUUUCAAAUUUAUUAUAGUGUUUUUGCUACCAAAAGUAGCGGAAGUGUUUAAAAUGUGUACUACACCCAGUGAAGUGAUUAACUAUUUCAUCGGUUUGACCAAGACUACGAUAAAAUACCGCAAAGAUAAUGAUAUCCACAGGAAUGACUUCUUCCAGCUGUUGUUGAAACUCAAGGAGCAGGAAGAGAGUGGGAAGGACAUGGGACUGUCGAUGUCAGAUGCUACUGAGGAGGAUGCUGUUGUCAACCAGAUGCAAUACACAGGGGAGAGUAACUUGGCUUCUGCAUCAGAGAAAUUGUUCACAGAUGAGAUGAUCUCCGCUAACACCUUCGUAUUCCUGGUGGGCGGUGCAGACACCGUACUUCGCACUAUCAGUUUUGUUCUCUUUGCACUGACACAGUACCCUGACGUCCAGCAGAAGGUACAACAGGAGGUGGACUCCGUGAUGGCCAAACACGGUGGACUGUCUUUCGACUCUCUCAGAGAAAUGACUUACAUGGAUCUGGUUAUUCAAGAGACCCAGAGGUUGUACCCGAUCUUAGCAUUACUGUCAAGAGAGUGCACCAAAGACUACAAGAUCCCGGACUCUGACCUCACCAUAGAGAAAGGUGUACUUAUCAUGAUCCCCGUGGUGGCCCUGCACCAUGAUCCCCAGUACUACCCUGACCCAGAGCAGUUCAAGCCUGAGAGGUUCCAAGGCAACAACUUCAAGCCCAACCCCACAUUCUUGCCGUUCGGAGAUGGGCCGAGGAUAUGUAUUGGCAUGAGGUUUGCCCUGAUGGAGGUCAAGUCUUGUUUGGCCAGAAUCAUGUCCCAGUACUCGGUGAAGCUCAGCAGCAAGACUCCAGUGCCUCUCAAGUUCAAGAUCCGAGCUUUUAUGCCGACAGUAGAUGGAGAAAUAUGGUUGCAGUUUGAAAAACGGAACAAUCAAAAGUCAAGCCAUUGAGACACACCUUACUCUGGUUGUGUACGGGUAGAAUGUGGUGAUUUGGUCUUCUACAAAACUUUCAACAGUACUAUAAAAAGUCCACAUAUUUCACACUCUUCUAGUCUAGGAUCGGAGAGCUAAUGUGCACUCUAUAUGCACACAACCUGGUUUUUACAUC